GGUGACAGUUCACAAUGCAGACCCAGGGCAUCUUCUGAGGUUUUACAAAACGUAGCGGGGUGGGGUCGCUCUGAUGCGCAACCAGAAAGCCGAUCCAGACCGCGAAUGCAAUGUGCUCCACACAGCAAAUCCAGUCUAUUUCAAUUUAAAUGAUUUUAGCUGUGCAGAACUAGUAGCCUACAAAGGUCUUUGCCUAUUUGUAUUAUAAGACUAUUGCAUUUCUUACCAUCUAGCAAGCAUCGUAGGAUUUCUGAAAAAAAUGAGACAUAGGUGGACAAGUACAUUUUCCUGACUGGACAGCAUUUGAGUGGGUGCAGGGAGCAUCAUUUACCCGUCUCCAGUCCGUGAGUAGGACGUUCUUUCAGGACUCUCAUCAGUAGCCUAACACUUUGAUUCAGAUUUGAAGUACAUAGGUUAUUCUAUCUCCAUCGUUGAUUAUGGCAUGGCCGUGCAUCACACGGGCUUGCUGCAUUAACCGCUUCUGGAGUGAAUUAGACAAAGCGGACAUCGCCGUGCCUCUGGUUUUCACGAAAUAUUCGGAUGUGGCCGAGGUGCAACACCUCCAUCCUCAGCCUCCAUCUAGACAGAAGAGGACCGGACCUAUCACCAUAGAAACCCAACCUUCUCACAGUGAACCGGCGACGGUGGCGGCCAAGGCACCGCCCGCGACUGGUGCCGCAUCAGGAAAACAUGGCUGUAGUGCGUCUGUGAUGCGCCAGGAUUUCAGGGAAUGGAAAGAUAUACGCCCGGAGCCCAGCUACAAACCCAAGAAUGAAUAUCACCCCUCGGCGACUCCUUUCAACAACGUAACCCAGUAUCAGAAGGAUUAUAAACCAUGGCCUGUCCCGAAAAAGGGAGACCACCCCUGGAUCCCCAAACCCAGCCCCACUGCCUCCUCCGGUGCCCAAGAAGGAGGCGUUGGGACCAAAUUGGAGCAUGCAGCCACAGAGCCCGAGAGCGGUGUGGAGAAGAGUGAAAUUGAAGAAAAGGUGCAAGAGAAAGAAUCCAUAGAGAGGAAAAAGAAACCAUUGAAGGAGAAGAGUGUAGAGAAGAAAGUGAGUGCCAAAACGGAGGGACAGCCACCAGCAGGUGGCACUGUGGAGGGGAAAGGAAGGGCAGCAGCAGACGCGCUGAACAGACAGAUAAAACAGGUCGUCUCAACUGGCACUGGCAGCUCUUAUAGGAAUGAGUUCAAGGCAUACAAAGAUGUGAAGCCAGUGAAGUUAACCAAGCCCCAGUCUCAGUACAAACCUCCUCUGGAUGAGAAGGACAAGACCAGCCUGGAGACCAGCUACAGUGCCACCUACAAGGGGGAGCAGACCAAGGUGCAGCCCACUGACAACAAGCUGCUGGAGCGCAGGAGGAUACGCAGCCUGUACAACGAGCCGAGCGGCAAGGAGGCCACCAAGGUGGACAAGACAAAAACCAAACCAAAAAAGACACCAACAACAACGAGCAAAAUGGUGAAAAAGGUGAAAGAGAAGACCAUCGCUGGUGCACUGUCAACCAAGAAGAAAACCUCCACGAGCACCAAACCAGACGAGUCCAAGCCAGGAGGAGUUAUCUCAAAGAAGAGCAAAGAGAUAAGCAAUAGACUGGCUGAGGCAAAAAAGUAAAAACAAAACAUCUCUGCACUACUUAAUUUGGGGAAUUAAAGGCUGCCUAAAGAAUUAGAGAACUCUCAACCAUUUGGUCUAUCUCUUUCUCUUUGUCUUUUCCUUCAUGUUCCUUUUAAGCUUUUAAGUUUACAGUUUGACAUCUUCACCAUGCCCUCCUUUAACUAUAAUGCUUUGUGUGUGUGUGUGUGUGUGUGUGUUUGUGUGUGUGUAUGUAUGUGUGUGUGUGUGUGUGUGUGU